AUGCCCGGGACAGGGACGGCCACACACACACACACACUGACACACGGCGCCUCGCCGGCCGGGGUUAGCGAGUUGUGAUACGCAGCGGCACACGACGCCGCCUCGCCGGCGCCCCGCCACCGGCCAGGGCAGUACAAAACAAGCCGGCGGCAGCGCACGCUUGAGGCGGGGAAAAACCGAGCCACCGCCACCAUCUCCUCCGAGAUCCUUCUUCCUCCCUUGCUCGCCCGGCCACCAUAUCCUCCUCCGAUCCACCUCGCUCUCCCGCCACUCGCACCCGCCCCUACUCCUUCCUACCUCGCCUCCUUAAACAUAAGCACGCGCCACAGCGCCGGUGAGCUCCAUCAUAUCGGAAGCUACGCCCACGGUGGCCACCAUGGAUGCCUCCAGGUAGCUUGAUUAUAUUAUAGCUCGCCGGAAGGACGACGACGGCAAGAGCUAGCUAGCUAGCUACUAGCUAGAGUCUUCUCCGUCCACUGCUAACUUAGUUGGCUCGAGAGGCGAUCGGAUUGUGAACCAGCAAAUUAAUGUGACCAUCUUUGACGACCUCUUUCUCUCUCUCUAAGGAAGCAGCUAGCUCGCCGCGCGCGGUGUUCUUGGGUGUAGAUGACGCUUAGCGGCGGCGGCGUGGCCGACGACAUGGAGGCUGGCGGCGCCUGCGGCGGCGCGGCGGCGGGGUCCUCCUCCGGCGAGGAGGAGGCGCGGUGCGGCGGGCGGUUCGUCGAGGAUUGGUGCUGUGCGUGCGCGGGGCUCCUGGUGGGGCCCAACCCGAUGAUGGCGCGGUACCUGUACGCGCUCAUCUUCCUCGUCACCAACCUCCUCGCCUGGACCCUCCGCGACUACGGUGACUCCGCCCUCGCCGAGCUCCAGCGGCUCAAGGUCUGCCAGGGCGCGCGCUACUGCCUGGGAGCGGAGGGCGUGCUGCGGAUCAGCCUCGGCUGCUUUCUCUUCUUCUUCGUGAUGUUCCUGUCCACCGUGAAGACGAGGAAGGUGCAGGACUGCCGGAACUCGUGGCACUCCGAGUGGUGGCCGGUCAAGGUCGUCCUCUGGCUGGGCCUCACGGCCGUCACCUUCCUCGCGCCGUCGCCGCUCGUCCAGCUCUACGGGAAGGUCGCGCAUUUCGGAGCAGGGGCGUUCCUGGUGAUCCAGCUCAUCAGCGUGACCAGGUUCAUCAUGUGGCUCAACGACUGCUGCCGGUCGGAGACCACCCGGAAGAGAUGCCACCUGCAGAUCCAGGUGGUGUCGAUCGUCACCUACGUCGGGUCGCUCCUGGGGAUCGUGCUCAUGUACGUGUGGUACGCGCCGAGCCCGGCCUGCAAGCUCAACAUCCUCUUCAUCACCGUCACGCUCGUGCUCGUGCAGCUCAUGACCUUCGUCUCCAUGAGCUCCAAGGUGAAGGCAGGGUAUCUGGCGCCGGGGCUGAUGGGGAUCUACGUCGUGUUCCUGUGCUGGUCAGCGAUCAGAAGUGAGCCUCACACGGAGAUCUGCAACAAGAAGGCAGAGGUCGCAACAAGCGCAGACUGGGUGAACAUCGCGAGCUUUGUCAUCGCGGUCAUCGUCAUCGUGGCGGCGACCUUCUCGACCGGAAUCGACUCCAAGUGCCUGCAGUUCAAGAAGGCGGAGGAGUCGGAGGAGGACGACAUCCCCUACGGCUUCGGCUUCUUCCACCUGGUGUUCGCCAUGGGCGCCAUGUACUUCGCCAUGAUCUUCGUCGGCUGGAACGCGCACCAGACCAUGGAGAAGUGGACGAUCGACGUCGGGUGGGCGAGCACGUGGGUGCGCGUCGGCAACGAGUGGCUGGCGGCGAUCGUGUACAUAUGGAUGAUGAUCGCGCCCAUCAUCUGGAAGACACGGCAGGUGGGAUCAUCGGCGGAGACAUGAGCAAUCCUCACUCACUAGUCACUAAUGUGACAUCAGGAUCGAAAGAAAAAGAAUAGGAAGAGGUGUGAUCAAGACGCCCUGCUGGUCAGCUAAUUUUUGCUAAGCAGAAGAGGUGAAGGGAAGACAAGGGUCAAGGAAGAGGCAACUAGUAGUAGUAGUAGUAGUAACGGCAACCAAGUAAUUGAGGUGGCGUGAAGCUCGGUUGAGGAAGCUCAUCGAUCGAUCGAUCGCUCGCUGUACAAAAUUGAACUCAAAACGUCAUCUUUUGCUUGUCGCUGACUCUCGCGGUGUUGCGGGCCGGGUUAAUUGUGCUGGGCCCUGAAUUGAUGCUUUGGCAAGCAAGACAGGCGUUAAAGGGAACGAGCACGUUACGUACAAA